AUGGUAACAACGUCAAAGCCUGCCACAAUUACUGAGGCGAUUAAUCUAAGUGUGGCGUUAACUGAAGAGGCGAUCAGGUUGAACAAGUUCUCGAUUUCCGACCAGAAGAAGAAGGAGACUCAUGUUGAGUCAUCCGGUGAGAAAAAAAGGAAGUUCUCAAAUUUCAAGAAGGGUACCAGCGUUGCUAGCAUAAAGAAGGAAGUGAACUCACCAGCUGAUGACAAAACUGGUGUUCAAAACAAGGGAAAAGGGUAUAUGGGCACCUUGCCCAAAUGUGAUGCGUGUCAGUUGCAUCACAAUGGGCGACGUCAAGCUGGUAAAUGCGAGUGUUGUGGAAAAAUGGGUCAUUCGAAGGUGACGUGCUGGGUUGGUGCUGGUCGUGGUAGUGGUGGUCAAAGAGGUUAUGAUAAUGGGAAUAACAACCAUGGUGGUAAUGGGUAUGGGAACCGCCCACAAGGAGGAAAUGGCAGUAAUGGAAAUCGUGGGAAUCAAACUGGAAAUGGAAACCGUGGAGCGAAUAACAAUCAAGGUGGUAAUGGGAACGGUAAUGGUCGAGGACCAGGUUGCUUUAAUUGUGGAGACAUGGGGCAUUUCAAGAGAGAGUGCCCAAAGCUCAAUCAAGCUCAAGGAAGGGUUUUCAACAUCGGAGCGAGGGAAGCUCGCUAG